AUGGACCAAAGAGAAUCAAUAAUGAUUUUAUGUAAUCAUGCAUAUGAAUCUUGAAAAAUCUCAAUGAAAUUCCAUAAAUUCUACAGGCCUCUAAAAAAAAACCUUUAUUCACUACUCCUCAGCAUCGCUUGCUGAAGAUUUCCCUGCUACUUUUGGUGCGAAGUGCCAAAAAAUAGCUAUUUAUCAGAUUUUAUAAAAAAUCUUCUCUUUAAAAUUCCUCCAAGCAGCCAUUCAUCCAUUCAUACAGAUAUUCUGUAUAACCUUGCAUCCUUUAUUUCCACGAUUUGUUUUAACUCGCUUCUAAAUCAUGCAUCCUCAAAAUAUUUUUCUUAAUGCUGAUGAUACGAUCUAAUCGAAGCAGUUUGGACCAUAUUUGUUGAAAUAAUUAUCUUAAAAUGAUAAAAUUUUAUUUCCAGCUUUAUGGAUUUCCCAGUUUGGAUUUGAGCAAGGAUGACGCACUUUUAACGAAAACCCCAGAUAUGUAUCAGACAUCGACGGAAAUGGUAAAAGCGAUAUCAUUGGCUUUGGAAGAGAUGGAGUUUAUGUCUCAUUAUCUACAGGCAAAGAUUUUGCUCCUCCAACACGAUGGAUUAUUGACUUCGCGAAAUAUGCUGGUGGCUUUACAAGCCAAACUCUAUACCCAAGAAUAG